UAUUUAAUUCCUAUAGCAUUUUAAGUUGCUCAAAAAAAAGCUAAAAUGAGCCAAACACUGUUUCGCAUUCUUCGUUCGAAUAAACUAAUUAAAACCCAAGCAGUCAAACCAAUUAUCAACAAAACCACUCGUUCAGUUUUCCAAACAUCAACUGGAGCUCUGCUUUCCAAGCCAAAGACGGAACCUCUUGGGCUCCUCAAGUGUUUCGUCAUUAUCACCCCGUUCAUGUACCUCGGAGGAAUGGCAUCUAUGACCGGAGCUAGUCUGCUCGAAGACUACGAUAUCUUCGUUCCAGAAGACGAUGAUGAUGACUAAGCAAUUAUCUAGCAAUGACUAAUACUUAUUUUAAACAAUAACUGUUUUUUUAAAACAAUAUUUUUCAAACAAUGACUAUAUUUUCAAAACAACAUUGUUUAAACCAAUGUCGAAGAGUUAUUUUAACGAAACAAUGCUUUAUUUAAAUUGAUGUCUUGGGGUUAUUUAUAACACUACAGUGAUUAUGUAUUUUAGGUCAACAAACUAUUUAAUGUGUUUUGUCAAUGUAGCCUAUUUGCACUUUAUAAAUUAUUAUCUGUAUUCUGUAGAUGUACUUGUGCUGUUUAAUGUAAUUUCUGUUACAUAAAACAAAAUUUCCUAUAAGCCAGAAUCUCCAAUUUUAGUUUUGUUCAAAUAAAAUCGACUUCCAGUUCCCUGGAGCCCAAUCCUAUUAGUAGCACUUUAAGUUAAUAGCACCCUGGGUGUUAGGGUAAUUGGCCAACUCUGGCCUAAAUCUCAGGCCCAUGUCAUGCUACCCUGUACGGCCCAAAUAGAAUAAAAGAUUAAAAUAGAUGUUGUGGAACUAUAUUAAGAUUUAUUGAUUCUGCUCCAAGUUCUAUUGAUCCUUAUUACAAGUUAUUAGCAAUGUUAAAAUGAUAAUUUCAGAUCAUAAUAAAUAUAUUGUUUCCCGUUGUGGUAAAGCAGUUGCAUAUGAGUUUACCGUUAUCAGUUUGGGUUUACCGUUAUCAGUUUUUACAAAAUAUGAAAGUAAAAUGGUCCUAAUCUAUUAGCAACUAAUAUACCUAUUCUGUGUGCUGUCUUUAUUACAACUGUAAUAUGUUGGUUUUGGUUUAAUAUUUUUAUUAUUUUGCAUGGUAUUGGUUUAUAUUCAAAAUUAAUUAUGUUCUGUUUGUUUUCAUUUAGGCUCAAUCUUCAAUUACCAUUAAAUUAAAAUGGACCAGGAGAGUAUAUCAAGAUACAGCCGGCAACUUAUAAUGCCUGAGAUCGGGGUGAAAGGUCAACUUAAGUUGAAAGAUUCUUCCAUCUUGAUAAUAGGAGCAGGAGGACUUGGUUGUCCAGCUAUCCAGUAUCUUGUAGCGGCUGGAAUUGGACAGAUUGGGAUCGUUGAUUACGAUGAAGUCGAACUGAGCAACUUGCAUCGGCAGAUCUUACAUACUGAAACAAAAGCUGAAAGAAAAAUGAGGAAAACAUCGUCAGCAGCUGAAGCAGCAUUGCAGCUUAACUCUAAGGUUAAAGUUGAUGAAUAUUGUUUGCAAUUGGAUCGAGAAAAUGCCCUUGGAAUUGUUGGUAAAUAUGAUGUUGUUUUAGAUGCUACAGAUAAUGUUCCAUCGAGGUAUCUUAUCAAUGAUGUUUGUGUUGUAUUGAAUAAACCACUUGUAUCAGGAAGUGCUUUGAGAUGGGAAGGCCAGUUAACAACUUAUCAUUUUCAUAAUAAAGAAGAGAAUACAUACGGUCCUUGUUAUAGAUGUUUGUAUCCUAAACCUCCGCCCCCAGAAACUGUAACUAACUGCUCAGAUGGUGGUGUCAUUGGUGUCAUACCAGGGAUCAUUGGCUGCAUGCAGUCGCUUGAAGCAAUUAAAAUAAUUGUCGGUGUAAGCCCCUCAUAUAAUCAAAAGCUUUUAGUCUUCGAUGGUUUGUAUGGCGCGUUCAGAACAAUUAAGUUACGUGGUGCACAAGAAACUUGCGCUGUGUGCGGGAAGGACCCUUCAAUAACUGCUAAUAAUCUACCAAAUUAUGAGGAGUUUUGUGGAACUGCUGCAACAGAUAAAUGCCUCAAAUUAAACAUAUUGAACUCAGAAGAAAGAAUUUCCGCGAUGGAAUAUAAAGACUUGUAUGUUGAUAGGAAGAAACCUCAUGUUUUAGUUGACGUUCGUUCUGAAAUUGAAAUUGAAAUUUGUGCUUUGCCAAACUCCAUAAAUGUUCCAAUAAAGGUUUUUGAACGCUGUCAGAGAAUUGUAAAAGGUGGAAAUAAUGUGAAUGUUAAAGAACUGAAUACACGUCUAGAUAAAGCAGUUCAAGAUGCCGAAGUCAAAGAUGAUGAAAAAUUACAAGUUUUCGUUGUUUGUCGAUUAGGUAAUGACUCACAAAAAGCUGUUGAAAUAAUGAAGAAGCACGUAACUUUACCAUCAAAUAUUAAUGUACGAGAUAUUAAGGGUGGUUUGCUAGCUUGGUCAAAUAGUGUUGAUAAAUCUUUUCCAAGAUACUAAUCACUACUAGUAUAUGUCUGUUACAUUGAAUGAAUGAAUAAAUGUAAGAUUAUGUUAUUUCUGCUACCAGACGUAACUUAAUAUAGAGUUUUUUGCGACCUCAUUAUAAAAACAUCAAUUUUAUUCCAACGUUUUGUAUUCGUUUGGUAAAACUUCAUCAGGGUUUGACACCACAACAUAGAGCAUGUAAUGUUGAAAAAGCCGUUGCUAUAAAAUUACUGAUUUAUAACUAAGGUGUCAAAACUUUUAAAUUAUAAACCAUUUGAACAUUAGUUUAUUUGGUUAUUUUAUACAUAUUCCUAAGUUCGCAUAUUGGCUCCCUAGUACUCUGCACUGUUUUAUAAAAUUGCAUCAUGACACUUACACUGCUACAUAAGUUCAGCUGUCACUAUAUUUGUUAGAAAAUUAUACAAUUUGAUGUUCUUUACCAAGUACUUAGUUAGGAAAAGAGACCUUUUAGUUCUGUUCCUUAACACCCCUUUUGGACUUUUUGGUUUCUGUUCCUUCACACCCUGCCUGCUCUGCUGUGUUCUAUAAUUAGAAAAUUGCAAUCUUUAUACACUACUACACAAGUUGGCUACUUGUAUAAUCAAUGGAAAAUUUAAGAUUUGCCAUUCUCUAUAUCCGUGCUAAUAGUUGAAUUGUUAUAAAGCAAUGUAGCAUCCCCCACCCCCACUGCCAAAACCGAGUUAAAUACCCUACACUGUUUGCUUGCUUGCCGACAUAAAUCAUGCCUUUUUUGCAACUAUUUAUGGGACCUUUUGCAACUAUUUUAAUGACCUAUGAAUAAGUUCCAUUGACAUUGAAAUAAACUGAAUAUUAAAUCAAGUA